AUGGAGCUGGCGCAGGGUGAAGGUUCCUGGCUGGUCCCACUGAAAGCUUCACAAGAAAAAGUUAAGGGAAAAAUUUUCUCUAGUGGGAAGUUCUACGUAGGAGUUGACGCUUGUGUCCCCCGACCUUUGGUGACCCUAAGCUCUGGACUUCAGGUCAUGUGUGACACAGUAACAGACGGUGGAGGAUGGACCAUUUUCCAAAGACGUGUUUCUGGGACUGUAGAUUUUUACAGGAACUGGACGGAAUACAAAAAUGGGUUUGGUGAUUUCAGUUCAGGUAAUUUUUACCUGGGUAAUGAGAACAUUUAUCUCUUAACGUCUAAAAACAAAACAGAACUGAGAGUGGAUAUGAUCUUCAGUGGGAGACAAUAUUUCGUCAAGUAUUCCAGCUUCAACGUUUCUAGCGAGACAGACGGCUACAGGCUACAUGUUGGUGGCUACACAGGAGAUGCUGCGGACGGUCUAUCCUACCACAACAGUAUGAUGUUUUCAACUUUUGAUCGGGACAACGACCCGUGGUCUGGUUCAUGUGCAUACACAUACCACGGGGCGUGGUGGUAUGGUGAGUGUAUUCGUUCUAACCUAAAUGGCUUAUGGGGAGUAACAGAUAGCACAGGCAUCUAUUGGAAUUCAGUGAGCAAUGCCUCGUUCAGUGAGAUGAAAUUUAGAUUUCUAUAA